AUGAAGUUCCUCGCCGCGCUCUCCCUCCUCGUCGUCGGCGCGAGUGCUAUCGCUGUCGUGCCCUCGCGCACGCGCACCGUCGACCUCGGCAAGCGCAACGUCGCCGCGAUCAAUCCUCCCAAGGCGGAGCUCAAGUCGAACGUGCCACGCGAGGCGCUCCCGCGUACCAACGCCGAGCGCCUUGCGCGGGGUCUCCCGCUCAAGAAACCCCGCCGCGCUCGUGCUCUGCGCCCUGCCCGCGUCGAAACCGCGAAGCGCCAGACGACGUCGUCCACGCCCACGACGUACUCGGGCGUGCUCCAGGUCGUGGACUACGACACCGAGGGCACCCCGCUCGGUUACGUCGGCGCAACGCCUAACGACUUCGGCGAGUACGGCGUUGUCGACGACGUCGACGACGCGCUUCAGGUCUCCUUCACCACCUCGGACGUCACCGUACCGUUCGACAUCUCCGUCACCGGUACCACCUACCCGUUCCUAGGCGGCACGGUCAGCUCGGCCAGCGACAACGACGAUCUGUCCUACCCCUCGUCCAAUUACGCCUACCUCACCAACGUCGACGACGUCGACGCCGGCUCGUCCGCCACCAGCGUGUCCAACAGCUACACCGACAUGACCGGGCUCGAAGAGGACUCGGAGAGCGCGAUCUGGACCUACGUCACCGCGACGAACCUGCUCGCCCCGCAGUGGGUCAACACCGACGGCACGCUCCAGCCCCUGGAGUUCAUGUACCUGUCGGACGACAACGCGCUCGUACUUACUGGCGACACCGACACGUUCGUGAACACCUACGGAGCCGCGGCCAACGUCGGGCUCGCUCUCGUCACGAGCGAUGGCACAGCUCCUUGA